UUGUGACCUCCCCGCACGAUAUACACCAGGACAAUCGACUCAGACGUAGACGAGAACAGGCGCAGGCUGACAGGCGGACGUCAGUCGGGAGUCGUUGGCGAGCGUAGAUGACAGGCUCCAGAUGAGUGCGACGCGGGAUAGGCGUUGGAUUCGCACACGUAAAGGUUCGGUCGAAAUUGGGCAAGAAAGAAAAGCUGAGCAGAUUCGGGCGAGCGAGAGAAGAAUACAACCAGACUCCAGAGAAAGGCGAACAAUCAGCGAGCCAGCUCCGUCACUUUGUUCGGCCAGAGAAACCGAUUGGAAAAAUCUACCGUCAGGCCGUCAAAGUGGUUUGCAACUUCGAGGCGUUUGCGCUGCUUUUUUCCCGAGCUUAGUAGCACGGACCGGAGAGGGCAGCGAGCCGAUCCCGCAGACUGACGACGCGGCUACUUUUCGUCUAGAGGGGCAGACUGCGGCAACGCCCGGUGAACUUCGACUCACUGUGAGAAUGGGCAGAGUGGGAAGCGAGGAGUGAAGGAGCGGGGAGACAGACAGAGAUGACAAGGUUGCCAUCACUCAGUCCGUGACUCCGCUUGUCCUCGCACUGUGACUCUGUGCCUAGUUGGUUACU